CCUUCUGAAACGCAACUAUUGCGAGUAACAGAGAAUACUCCACAAAAGUACACAAUGAAAUCGAUUAUGUUUCUAUUCGCAAUGAUCUCGAUCAUCGCUGCAAGUGCAAUCAGACCUCAAGUAGCUUCAGUGGCUGAUUCAUCCGCGGCUGUACCAGUAGAAGGUGCCAGCAAUCAGAAUGCUGCGGAAGAGCGUGAAGACUUGGAUAACGCUGAAACUUUCGGAUUUGGAUUCCACAAACAUGUACACGUACAUGGUGGAUACUACGGUGGACCUGCCUACUAUCCCCAUUACGGUGAUUACUAUCCGUAUGGAGGAGGAUAUGGAUAUGGUUACGGGCACCCGUACUAUUACUAGAAUAAAGUUAGAUUUAUAAAAAAGUGUAAAUAAAUUCCUCGAAAACUAUAA